AUGAAUUUUUAUGAGAAUUUUGAUAUAGAAUGCAUCAACAUAAAACCUAAAAAGGACAAAAGGAGCAAGUUAACCAAAUACAAGAACCUUUAUUAUUGGAUCUUACAUCAAUCUCUAACAGAUAAUGCGAUAGGGAAGUCAGAUACAAUAAAAUUUGAUUAUAAUGGUGAAAAUAUUAAUUGGGCACCGUUUGUAAGUUCUUUAGACUCCCUUAGAAUACUUGGAAUUCUUAGACCUGUAUUGAAAGCGAGGAAUUCGUCUAAAGAUGCAAAAUGGAUUGGACUUAGCAAGACUUUAAUUUCACAAGUAUCAAAUUUAUUAUUUAUUGAAAGAAAUGAUAAAUCACAUAUUGUCAAAUGCAUAUCCAUUAUUGCAAGGUUUUCGUCAUAUUCUCUUUCUAAUGGCUGUUUUGACAGCACCCUUUUAUCAUUAGAUUCUGACAUUUUUACAUCACUGAUUGACAUAGCCCAUAUUAUAAAGGGGUAUGUAAAAGCUAAGAGGUUUGAACCUUUAUUGUACUUAAAAUUAUUAAGCCAUAUUGAGCAUUCAAACAGUUCAGCUGCAGAUAAGAAUACAGCAAUUGCAAUAUCACUAAAUGCUAUUUCUGAAUAUUGGUGGUAUUGGAAAGAAAUAAAAUUUGACAUUAAUGAUUUAAUUCACCCAAAAGAUGCCGUAUCUAUAACAAAUGUCAUCGGAAAGUUUGAAAUUUCAGAUAAACUUAAAUACAAAUUUACAGAAUUAUCAUCCAUUUUCAUUUUGAAGAUUAUUGAAAAUCCAUCUAUAUACAAUUCCAAAGAUUUAUCGCAAGUUUCCCUAAUAAAUCCUAGAAAUGAACAAUUGAUACAAAUUAUGGGGAAAAUUUUAUCACUAAACAUCUUAUCCGGGCCUCUUCUGAUAGAUAUACUCUCAUCACACAUUCUGGCUGGAAUUGUCCCACCAAUUGAUUUGGUAGUUAAAUGCAUUAUACAAUUGAGACACUCAAAAUUAAGCGGAGAUGACAUAUCUAAACUGAAAUUAAUCACACACAUAAGUGGUUUCUCUGCAUUAGGAUUUAGAAGAACCUUUAGAAAAGUAUUAUCUUCUAUUCAUUGCACUAGUACCUUAAAUGUAGAAUCUCAUCUAAUAACACAUUACUUAGGUGGGAAUACAUCUAAAUUUUCAAUACCAUCUGAUUUCAAGAUAGUUGAUAUAAAGUCUAUAACAAAGUUUCAAGUACUCUCCAACAUAUGCUCGAUACUGGAACAGGAUAAUCUUCGGUUAAGAAAUUUUUUACACCAAUGUGCAUUUGAUUCUUCUAAAAUAUUUCUUUCGCUAGCCAAAAAACCCAAAUGGUUAAUUGAACAUUGGCCUAAAAUUUUAUUAAGUUUAGAGAAAUUUAAGAUUAAGGGGUUAACUGAAGUUGAAAAUAUUGUUUACAACAAUUUAGUAACACUUUCCAAAUCAAAUUUGUUUAUGUUACUCAAACUUUCAAUCUUGAAACUGGAGAAUACGUAUGAUAUUAUAUGGGAUGAAAGAUAUUUAAUGACCCUACAAACAAUUUCCGAUUGUAAAAUAUUUACACAAGAGAUUCCAUUUCUAAGAAAAUCCAUAUUAUCAGGACUCGAAUCUAACAAAUUAUUUACCAAAAACAUCAACAAGUGCCUGAAAAUAGCAGAACAAAAAGAACUCCCGAGUGUGACAGUUAAAUAUUGGUUGAAAGAAGGAAAUUUAAAACUUCUAAAGUAUAUAUUUAAUGAAGAUAAAAGUAGCAAUACAGCAUUUAAGUUUGAAUCAAUAUGGAAUUUGGUAAAAUUUGUCGCGAUAAAAUCACAUCCAUGUUUCACCAAAACAGAUAACUUUCAUGUAAAGCCCAUAGAAAUUUCCCUUAUGGCGAAUCUAUACACCGCAUCAACUCCAAUAAUGAAAGUUAGACAUAAUUCAUAUUGGAUUUUGGACUCUUCACAUUUUCCCACAAGAAAUAGAAAUAAAUUACGCACAAACCUCCAGACCCGGCCCAAGCUUUUAACAAGAUUUUUUAGUUUCAAAAAAUGA